AUGCAGCUCCUAUCCUCCGACCGCUGUCCUAAAGGCGAUGGUCUCACCCCCGCGCCGCCAGCCAAGGACGACUCUCCAACCCACCAGUGUUCAUCCAGUCCACACCAAGACCUCACCCAGCCCACACCAAGAUCAAACCCAGACCACUUCACCCAGCUCACACCAAGACCCCACCCAGACCACUUCACCCAUCCCACACCGAGACCCCACCCAGACCACUUCACCCAGUCCACACCAAGACCCCACCCAGACCACUUCACCCAUCCCACACCAAGACCCCACCCAGACCACUUCACCCAGCCCACACCAAGACCCCACCCAGACCACUUCACCCAUCCCACACCGAGACCCCACCCAGACCACUUCACCCUUCCCACACCAAGACCCUACCCAGACCACUUCACCCAGCCAAACAAGAAAUAA